AUGAAAACACAUUCAGUAAUAGAUGAGAAGUAUGAUAGGCAAGUAAGAUUAUUUGGUGAAGAAACACAAAAUAAACUAAAGAAAAUGAAAAUAGCAAUUUAUGGAAGUAGAAAUUUAAUCUCGGCUGAAAUAUUAAAGAAUAUUGUUUUACUUGGAGUGAAUACAAUAAUUGUUAGUAAUUCAAUUGUUGAAGAAACAAAAAGGUUAGUUUUUGAUAAUCUUUGUGAAAUAAAUGAAGAUCUUAAUAUUAUUGAAUCAUCUGAUGAAAAAAUUGAUUAUACAUUUGUAAUUGAAGAUCAACUAAUAAACAUUCCAGAAAUUGAUAACACUUGUUUUAUUUGUAGUAGAUGUAUUUCAUUUUAUUUUAAGAAGGUUGAUCAUGGAAUGUGUUGUAAAGUUAGUGUAAAAGAAGAACAUAAAUUUGUUUAUGAGUGUAUGUUAGGUGGAAUGGUAGUACAAGAGUUUGUUAAAAGAGUACAAGGACUUACCAACUCAAUUGAUUCAUUUAACUUAGAAAAUUUACUAAUUAAUUAA